AUGUGGGGCACCACUGAAGCGAUCAGGUACAAGUGGCUGAAGAAGAGUUACCUGUGGCGGAUUGGGAGAAGAGGUGCCAUGUGCAACCUGUGCACCGGAAGUAACCAAAGAACCAGAACCGACCUCAACCACUUCGACGGUACCCCCAACGACGACGACUCCGACCACAGCAGCAGCCACCACGGCGUCCGUUUCGUCAACGACGAUGGCGCCAUCUACUGCCUCCUCUAUGCCGAGCACCUCCAUGCCUGCGGGCCACAACCAGGUGGCCGCAAACACCACGACUCCAGCGCCGGCCACCACCACUGCCAAGCCAAGCAGUGCAAGCUUGGGCGCAGUGUUUUCGGUGGCCACGUUGGUGUUCGGGCUCUGCCUCGUCUACAUGUAGUUCCACGGACAGAAGAUGGCGCUCGCCCGUUGCUGCUGGAGGUUCGAUCCAUCAUCGGCCAUCAACUCACUCCGGUGGCGGUUGUGUCCCAUCAUCCAGCAGCAAGGGUCGAGAUCCAUUGGGGGAAUCCGUCCUGGUCCAGGGGCGGACCAGCGCUCGCGGCACCAAGAAAAAUGGGACCAAACAUCACGUGCAAGAACGAAAGAAAGGGGGGGAGGAGGGGGUCAAGAAACGGUGCGACAAAGCCUCCGGUGCUUCGACCAAGCGAGACACCUCGACUUGCACGUGUCCUCAGUACUUCGCAUGGUGAUGCGCACCACAGAUCGACGGGACCAAGUUGGACUCUUGAGUGGCGCUUGUCGGCAUCGGCAUACUGCCACACGCGUAAUUUAGUUCACAUUUUUUUUCUCUGCUGAAACGUGGCUUCCGUGCCAUUUCAUUUCCCUACUUCUUUUUUCUUUUUAUCGCGCACACGCCGAAUAUUGCAAGACGAAAAAAAAAAAACUGCAUCGAAGUCGCCUUUGCUCAAAAAGUGUAGUAUAAUCGCUUUUACCUGUUAAUUAGCACCUUGCUUCUUUAGCUGUUACCGCAGUUAUUUCGCAGUAGGUCUUGUGCCGUUGUUAAGGUCGAUGCGUGCGAUUGAUUUGACCUCACCUGGCAAUUCCGUCCAACGAUCCGCCCUGCGCGCCGUACGCUGCUGAUGCCAGGCCAGUUUCCAAGAAACGUGCGCUACUGUUCUGCCGUGCUUUAACAGUGGCGUCAAGAGACCUUAUCUUACAUUUUAAUAACCGUAAACUCUGUUUACAGAGUCAAACAAGCAUCUUCUAGCUGACAUUCAGCGAAACAGGCGUCGAGCUCUCUAAUUUCUGACAGCUUAUUUUACAGAAAUACAGCUACACAUGGUGUAAUCAGAAAGACCCUACCAUGCACCCGUGACAUCUUUGAUAAACAUCAGGAAGGUCAGUAGUGACAGUGGGAUGAACAGUUGAAACUUCUGUGUCACGUUCUAUAGCGUAAGAACGUGAGCUCUUUUCUCUACAAGAUGCGCACUUUCUACUGCUCUAAAUUUGAACUUAAAUUCAGUUUAGUUUAGCCGUUUUGGUCUGCCUUUACUUCCAAAUAAACACCCCUGCUUCACAAUAUACUACGGCACUUAAAUUAAUCCCAUAUCAAGCGUUACAGUGCCUUUUUUACAUUUUACAUAAGGAUACUUAUAUUCCGUAUCAAAUCACAUGAUGAUUCAGUGAACACUAGACGUUAAAAGGAGCUCAUUAUCCGUUGAAGCAAUUAGCAGUACGUGAUUCUUUUGAUCAAGCCUUGCGCAGGAUUAUUGUACAGAUGAUUAAAUCAUUUUACGGCUGGUUUACUUUAACCUACGAGUACAGGGGCGUUUCUACCUACUACGUCACAAUCAGCCUUUUUCAUUUUCUUUCGCUGCCCUGUGCCGUUUUGGUAGAGUUCGGUAAGGGACAGACGAUAUGGCCAUAAAGAAAGCCUCCGAGAUAAAGAGGCGUUUCGCGACUUCUCUGCUAGGGGAAUGGCGCAUGCGCCGUGUCAUUGUGAAAGAGGCGGAUUACUUCACUAUCGGAAACUAACGGCAUUUGCAAAAACUUGUUGUUCGCGUUUCUUCAGCUAUUAUAAUAUCAUAUCACAGUAAAACAGCAGUAAAACAGCUGCCCAAUGAAUGCAUAUUCGGGCAACAGAUUGUCGCUUAAAGUGUACCUCUUUCUGGAAGAAUUUGGAAGCAUUCGCGCGACAUCUGGCCUCUGUUUUCCACGGAAUGGUCAGUGCCUCUUUUCUUGUUUUAAAGGUAUAUUCGCCUAAGCUUAUUUAUUGAGGAACCGGCAUGUCAUAAGCCACGCCGAUGAUUAAGUAUCUGUUUUUGAGCUGCGGACGCUCUGUAAACAUUUGUUACUGCUGAGGUGACAGAAUAAAAGGCAAGUGGUGUGCGGUCAGGCUAACACACCUUUAUUGGUGUCGGAAAGGUGUUCUACUUUGCUAUAAAUGUAAAAUGCCCACCUGUGGGACGUUUAGCUCUUAAUGUCGGCACAAUUAACACAUUUCAGGCACCGUGACGGAUGUAUUUUUCUUAUUUUCAAUUUGUUUUUUUUGCUAGUCAAAUGCAAUACACCUGAUGCUGGCACGUUUGACUCUUUGGUUGCGGUUGCUGGUUGACUGUUCGUCUUUCAUGUUGGCUGUUGGUUGUUCUUGCUCCCUCUGCUGGUGGGAUUGCCGCGGGAUUUGGAAGGGUAUGGACAUUGUAUAUAGCGGUCGAGAAAGUUGCACAUUUAAGAGCAUGCGGAGCUA